CAAAUGUGCACACCGCAGAUAAAAAACACUUGCAAGGAAGACAGGAGCAGACAUGAGUAUUAGAAAAGAAGAGAAUCCUGAGAUUUUGAAUGAUUAUGAUGAAACCAUAGCCUUCCUGGGGCACUGGGGAUGUUUUCAAAAGACUGUCUUUUUCCUGCUCUGUGCCAGCACCAUCCCCAAUGGAACUGGAGUUUUAUCUAUCAUCUUUGUGGCUGACAUUCCUGCUCACCACUGUAGGAUUCCAGAGGUCAACCUAACCCAGGACUGGCUCAACGUUGUCAUCCCAACAAAGGUGGUGAAUGGGAAACAGGAGCAGAGCAGCUGCAGCAGAUACAGACUGGACGUGGUCACAAAUCUGUCUGCUCAGGGAUUCGUUCCAGGCACAGACGUCAACCUCACAGAGCUGCAGCAGGAGGGCUGCGUGGACGGCUGGAGCUACAGCAGAGACGUCUACCAGUCCACCAUCGUCUCCCAGUUUGACUUGGUCUGCACUGACCAGUGGAAGCAGCCGUUCUCCUCCACAGUUUACUUUCUAGGAGUUCUUUGUGGAUCCUUCUUCGCAGGACAGCUCUCAGACAGAUUUGGAAGGAAACCUGUAUUUUUCAUAACCAUGGCAUGUCAGACGAUUUUUACCUUUGCUCAAGUCUUCUCCCCUUCGUGGACCGUGUUUUCCAUCCUCCUCUUCUUAAGCGGUUUGGGACAGAUAGGAAACUACGUGUCUGCCUUCGUGUUGGGAUCAGAGAUCUUGACUGGCAAGGUGCGAGUCCUGUACUCAUCACUGGGUGUGUGUCUGUGUUUCGCCCUUGGCUACAUAAUACUCCCGCUCUUCGCUUACUUAUUGAGGGACUGGAAAUCUCUCCUGCUGGCUAUCUCUCUGCCCGGCGUGCUCUACAUCCCUCUCUGGUGGUUUGUCCCAGAGUCUCCUCGCUGGUUGGUCUCUCAGGGCCGAGUGGAAGAGGCUGAAGCCAUAGUGAGAAGUGCUGCUAAGAAGAAUAACACUAAGGCCCCAAAAGACAUCUUUCAAAACUUUGUUGCUAAUAAGGAAAAUACACGUUCUAAGGAAGAGGAAGGCUACAACGUCCUAGAUCUGUUCAGAACCAGCAGCAUCAGAAACACAACGCUCAUUCUCUUAGUUGUGUGGUUCACUCUCCUUACUGGCUAUUACGGCCUGUCCCUGAACUCAACAAAACUCAGUGGUAACCCCUAUAUCAGCGCCUUCAUCUCAGCAGCUGUAGAGGUGCCAGCGUACAUUUCUGCCUGGCUGGCUCUCGCAUACUUCCCACGACGAUAUGCUGCAAGUUCUGCAGUGCUCCUUGGAGCAGUGUCUCUGUUCGCCAUUCAACUGGUGCCGCAAAAUUUACCAGAGCUGUCUAUUGCGCUGGAAAUGCUGGGUAAAUUUGGCUUCACCACAAGUAGCUCCCUGAUUUUUGCCUACACAACAGAGAUUUACCCAACAGUGAUCAGGAGCACAGCAACAGGAACAUGCGCCACAAUUUCCAGAGUGGGCUCCUGCAUUGCACCUUUUGUGUUUCAUCUGGGUGUAUUUUUCAAGUAUCUGCCUUAUAUUUUACUGGGAAGUCUGGCAGUUGUGUCUGCCAUUGCAACUCUCUUCCUACCAGAGACCUUUGGAAAACCUCUACCUGAAACAUUUGAACAGAUGGGUAAACGAGAAAGGAUGACAUGUCCCUGUGUCACUCAGCGAGAAACAGAAGAACCUGUGGUGUUUUUGGAAAGUCAACUGUGAUUGAUGAACUGACAUAUUGCAGUGUGUAUCACGAUUACUGUUGUAUUUCUCAUGUUCUAUUUAUAAUCUUCCAUCAGAGAUAAGAUGAUGUUUUUUCCUUCUCAGAGGAAACAGGAUAUGAAAAUAAAGCACGAGAACUCCAAUCUCAAGCGGUUCUUAUACUUUUAUAUUGAAGCUAUUUUUUAAUACAGAAGAGAGUUUAGAAAAUGACACAUUUAAGCUCUUGAUUCAAACAGCUCUCUAUUUUCCUUUUCAAAAGACUUGUUCUUCAUUAAGUCCUUGUUUUUCAUGUCUAAUUUCCAUUUAACAUGUAUUGAUGGCCUGAUUAUCCUGAGUACUAAAAUAAAAUAAUAGUGUAUUCUCCAUU